GGGCUACAGUCGAAAACGACGGCGGAAAUGUCGUAACGACUUAGACAGACGGGAGUAAUUUUACAUAUAUCGUUGGAGAAAACAAUCUAAUCUAAUUCUGAUACAUAUCAUGUUGCUGCACAGACAUUGGGAUUAGUAACACGUUUAUAACGCAAGAUGACUAAUUGAGCUCGUGUCUGCGCUGUCGAACUCAAGAAUUCGUAUAAGAGAACCGUUUGAAUUAUUAUUAUUUUUUACUAACCAGCGUUACAGUGAUUUAAGUGCUGCAAACAACUCCAACCCAAAGAUAUGGCUUCAGAGCACCUCAGAAAAGAGGAAACCCUAACAAUGAGGAGGCGAUUGAUCGGGCAAUCGUGCAGACUUUUUUAUUCAGAUGACCCUGUCAAAAUUGUAAGAGCGAGGGGGCAAUAUCUUUUUGAUGAGAACGACAGGCGCUAUUUGGACUGCAUCAGCAAUGUCCAUCAUGUGGGCCAUUGCCACCCCAGCGUUACAAAGGCUGCAGCAGAACAAAUGGAACUUCUGAACACCAACACGAGAUUUCUGCACGACAAUUUAGUCCUGUAUGCAGACCGCCUGGCUUCCACCUUGCCUGAGAGACUGUCAGUCUUCUAUUUUGUUAACUCUGGCUCCGAGGCCAACGAUCUUGCGCUACGCUUGGCUCAGCAGUACACUCAACACGAAGACGUCAUCGUGCUUGAUCAUGCAUACCACGGUCAUUUAGUGUCCCUCAUCGACAUCAGUCCAUACAAGUUCCGGAAAUUGAAUGGACAAAAAGAAUGGGUUCAUGUGGCACCCUUACCAGACACCUACAGAGGCAUGUACAAAGAGGAUGAGCCAAAUCCAGGUCAAGCUUAUGCAAAUACAGUCCAUGACAUAAUAGAGGAGGUGCACAAGAAAGGUCGCAAGAUAGCUGCCUUCUUUGCCGAAUCAAUGCCAAGCGUGGGAGGACAAAUCGUUCUGCCACAAGGAUACUCGGCUAAAGUUGCAAAGUAUGUGCGCUCAGCGGGCGGCGUGUUUGUGUCUGACGAGGUGCAGACCGGCUUUGGACGCGUGGGAAGCCACUUUUGGGCUUUUCAGCUGCAAGGAGCAGAUUUUUGCCCUGACAUAGUGACCAUGGGCAAGCCAAUGGGGAAUGGGCAUCCCAUUGCAUGCGUAGCAACUACGGUGGAGAUAGCUAGAGCUUUCACUGCCAACGGAGUAGAGUACUUCAAUACGUUUGGAGGGAACCCGGUGUCUUGUGCAAUUGGUUUGGCUGUCCUUGACGUGAUAGAGAAAGAGGACUUGAGAGAAAACGCCAAAAGGGUCGGCACUCGUCUAAAAGAUUUGUUCACCGAGCUGAAAACUAGACAUAAAAUUAUUGGAGACAUUAGGGGCGCGGGACUUUUCAUAGGAGUUGAGCUGGUAGAAGACAGAGAACUGAGAACACCUGCCACUAAAGCAGCAGCACAAGUGGUGAAAAGGCUCAAAGUGGAGGAUCGAAUCUGUGUUAGUACAGAUGGACCCUGGGAAAGUGUCUUGAAGUUUAAACCACCCAUGUGCUUCAACAUGAAGGAUGCUGAGCUGGUGGUGCGCUGCAUUGAUCGCAUCCUCACAGAUAUGGAAGCCAAUGUGAAGCUGGAAAAGGAAGACAUCUAAGUUUGUUGCUCCUGUAAAAAAUGUUUUAAUUUGAUCAGACAUUGUCAGAUGGUCACAUUCAUUAGGUUCAGAGGUAGAGAUGAUCUAUCUGACAGUAAAAAAAAAAGCUCAAGCAUUUCACAUUGCCAUUGUCUGACGUUCGACAGGGUGGACAGUUCAUUUCCAUACAGUAGGAAAAUGUAUAAUCUCUCAAUACAUCUAUAUUCAUUUACAGUUUAGAUACCUUAAGUGUACAAACCAUACAUACAGAAGAUGAAAUAUUAGGUUUCCGAUACCUUGAAGAACCAUAUGUAUGUAAAGUGUACAAUGUGCUAUGUCAGUGAUGUACCCUCAGUAUACAAACCCUAUGUAUGGAAACUUACGGCCCGCCCUGUAUUUAGAAAUUUCAAAAUCAGAGGCAACCAAGUGUGGUAACACUUGUUAUAUACGAAAAUAAACAAUCGUUUUGAUUGUG